GCUCCUGCCCCUUUGUCUGCUCUGCCUCCAGGCUGCGCUGCCGCUCCGCGGCCACCGCGGCCGCUACGCCGGUGAUAAAGUGAUACGAGUUGUUCCUGAGAGCGAGAGGGAAACGCAGAUCCUGAGGGCUGCAUUUAACAGGCUUAAGGUGGACCUGUGGCAGCCCAGCAGCCCCUUCCACAUCGUUGAAGGUAUGGUCACCGACGUGCGAGUACCCCAGAACACGUCCCGAAGUCUGCUGCCCUACCUCCAGCAAGCAAACAUCCAGUACACGAUUCUCAUAUCAGACCUACAGAAAGCAAUAGAAAACCAAACUGGGCUGAGGUCAUAUAGGAAUCGAAGGUCCCUCUCUGGGUAUAACUACGAAGUGUAUCACUCCCUGGAAGAAAUCCAGGGUUGGAUGCAUCAUCUGAAUAAAACUCAUUCAGAUCUUGUUCACAUGUUCUCUGUUGGAACAUCCUAUGAAGGGAGACCACUGUUUGUACUCAAGUUAGGUAAAAGAUCACGGCCCUACAAGAAAGCUGUCUGGAUAGACUGUGGGAUACAUGCGAGAGAGUGGAUUGGCCCUGCCUUUUGCCAGUGGUUUGUGAAAGAAGCUCUUCAGACAUACCAGACCGAUCCUGCCAUGAGAAAGAUGCUAACUCAGCUGUAUUUCUAUAUCAUGCCUGUAUUUAAUGUGGAUGGAUAUCAUUUUAGCUGGACAAAUGAUCGAUUUUGGAGAAAAACAAGAUCAAAGAACACAAGGUUUCCCUGUCAUGGUGUUGAUGCUAAUCGCAACUGGAAAGUGAAAUGGUGUGAUGAAGGUGCUUCAUUUCACCCCUGCGAUGACACCUACUGUGGUCCCUUUCCUGAGUCUGAGCCUGAAGUAAAGGCUGUUGCUCAUUUUCUCCGCAAACAUCGGAAACAAAUAAAAGCCUAUUUGUCCUUCCAUGCAUAUGCACAGAUGCUGCUGUACCCUUACUCUUACAAAUAUGCAACUAUUCCAAACUUCAGCUGCGUGGAAUCAGCAGCCUAUAAUGCUGUUAACGCUCUUCAGUCAGCCUAUGGUAUAAGAUACAGAUAUGGUCCUGCAUCUAGCACUUUGUAUGUGAGUUCUGGUAGCUCUAUGGACUGGGCCUACAAAAAUGGCAUCCCCUACGCAUUUGCGUUUGAACUGCGUGACACCGGCCAUUUUGGAUUUUUACUUCCCGAGACACUGAUCAAACCAACCUGCACAGAGACCAUGCUUGCAGUUAAAAAUAUAACUCUUCAUCUGCUGAAGAAAUGUCAUUGAGAGCUAUUUCUAGGAGCUGGAAGUGAGCGCUUUACUCCCAGUGCUGAUGCCUUUCAGUGUAUUCAGUUGCCAUUCUAAGCUCGGCCACUUCAAAAUUAUAGAAGCUAAUGGGAAAUAUGGUAUUGUUUCUGCCAGACCUACGUGGUGGGAAAUGGAAAACAUAAUUUAAUAUCUGCUCUACAAAAUCCAUAAAGUUGAUAUACUGACUUAGUUACCAGUUUGGUGUAAAAUAGUCUGUUCUUUUUGCAAUAAAGCUUUGAUACUACAACUUAAGUGGGGCAGGUCCAGGUCCACAUACAGGUACCUGAAAUAAAACUCAACUUCCAGACAGUCCCUGGCCUUACUCCUUUCCCUAACAGUAAGACUUCCCUUAGUGGGGUCUCUCGAACCAAGGGAUAAAGUUUACAUUCAUGUAUAUGUACUCUGUGAUCCAACCCAGGCCCAUGUCUAUAGCACUAAAUGGCAUACAGUUGCAGCUGGCCAUGCUGCAAGCGGCAAUGUGGCUUCCUUCUGCACGUAUACAUACACAUGUAUAUGCAUUUUUGUGAUUUUUUUUUUUCACGUAAUGCAAUAAUUUGACCCAAGGUUUCCUUUAACUGUUCGGAGAAACCUGUUUUCAAAUAUAUAAAUUGGGGUGGACUCAAAAUCAACAUAUUGCCUUUGAAAAUGUAACUUUCCUAGAGAUGUGUAAGAAUUAUAAUGAAAUAUUAUUGAGAUAUACAAUACUCUGCUUUAUGGAGAGACAAAGCAACUUGCCAUGGCUUGGAACUUGGAAGCCGGCAGUUAGCUGGUGCAUCUGGGUUCUGCUGCAGUCAGUGUCUGCCCAUUGCCACCAGCCAAGGAUCUAGCCUUAAACUGUAACUAACUGAUGUUAACUGAUGUUUUAUUUAUCGGUAUUCUUACAGUGAGUUCUGUAGCUCUAUGGCUAUGUGGCUGUUCUUCUUGGAAGUCAUACUUUUUGCAUGUUUUAAAGGAAUUAAUAAUAGAUUCUUAAAUGAGCCGGAUGUGAAAGCAGAAGCUUUGCAGCUGAAAUACAGUGAAUAAGCACCGUGUUUGAAAGAAUAAUAAUGAAAGCACAGAGAAUAUAACAACUUGUUGAGGGUUUUUUUACUUUUAAAAUACUAUUUUUUUGAUCUUAUAAUAUCUGCAAAAGCAUAUAUUUUACUUUAUUAAUUUUGACUUUAAUCUUAUGCCAUAACAUGUUAAAUAAAACAUAUUUGUUAAUAAAA